AUGAGGCAAAGUUUUUUUUCUUUCAAGAACUUUACUUACCCGUUAUUGAUUAUGAAUACUCAGACAUUUGAUAUGCUUAUAGGCCCUAGCAGAACCAAGUCGGUGUUGGGGGUUGCUAUAGCGUCAGUAACUGUUAUAGUGCUUUUCAAGAGGGCUAUUGGUAUUCGCAGAGGUAGCACUUCUGAAUUUAAGAAUAUACCUAUGCCAAAGGGGAAAUACUUUUAUCUUGGACAUAUUCCAUUUAUAGCCAGAAACUCAGGAAAAGCUAUGCUCAAAUGGCAUGAUGAAUGUGGCCCGGUAUAUAGGAUCAAGAUGGGUGUUCAAAACUGGCUGUUUAUUGGUGAUCCACAAAUGGCUCAUGAUAUCUUUGUUACAAAAGGAUCCUUUACUUCAAAUCGCCCGCACUGUACUUUUUUAAGCUUACUUAAUGGCAAUCGACAAAGUGCUGUCCUGUUUGCAGAAAACGAACAUUGGAAAUAUGCACGAGCUACAUUAAAUACCAUUCUUUCGCCAAGAUCAAUAAAUAGUCUAUCGCAUACACUAGAGAAUGAAAUUGGACGAUCAAUAGACCUGAUGAUAAAAGACGCACAGACACUGGGAGAAAUAGAUCCAAUGAUUUACAUUCGCUUGACAACCAUGAACGUAUUUUUAGUUUUAGCUUUCAGUAUCUCUGGAGCAAGAUCAGUAGAUGACCCUCUUUAUAGCAAGAUGAACCGUGUCGUAGAAAAAUCAGUAUCCUUUCUCGACCCUGCACUUGACAUCAGCAAUAUGCUUCCUCUUUGGAAAUUCUUUGACUUUUUUUCUUCAAAGGAGCACCAGAUGACAGAGUAUCUGGAAAAUGAACUAAAGCCGUUUAUUAGAUCCAUUAUAGAAAGGGCUCGAGCAAGUGAAAAAGAUAACUUGAUGAAAAAAUUAGAUGAGGCAAAGGAUCAAGACAAGUUAGAUGAAACACACAUUGAAGCGCUUAUAGCCGAAACUCUUUUUGCUGCUAUUGAUACAGUAUCUGUAACCACAACGUGGGCUGUUGCCUAUCUCUGUAACCACCCAAAAGUUCAAGAAAAAAUGUACCAAGAGAUUGAUACAUUCGUUAAAAAACAUGGACGUAUUCCAAGUUUUACAGAUAGAGCAGAGCUACCUUAUUGCUUCUCUUUUCAGAAAGAAUGUCUUCGCUUUCGCCCACCUGGGUUUACCGGUAUCCCACAUAAAGUAUCUAAGGACAUCGUAUAUAAAGACUGUGUUAUUCCAAAGGAUACCCUUAUUAUAGCUAGUGCGUCUGUAUUAAACCGUCGUGCAGAUAUGCUAAAGAACGCAGACCAAUUUAUUCCAGAGAGAUAUAUCGAGGAUACAAGAAGCAUCUCUGCAUGCAAUAGCAUGCAUACCACUAAACGUACUGAUAUCACCUUUGGCUUUGGGCGUCGCACUUGUCCAGGCAGUUACAUGGCUGAACGAGAAAUAUUUUCUAUGCUGGUUGAAUUGGUAUCAAAGUGUACUAUCAAACCUAUUUUGUCAUCAAAAGGAAUCCCUGUUUAUCCAAAAUUGGAUGAAUACAUUGACGAAAGUGUUAUAGCUCCCCCUGCACAGUUCAAAUUUCGCUUGUUGACAUGGACAUGA